GUUCCGCAAACCAAAUUAUUGUGAAUAAAGAAAAAAACAUGAACUGUUCCUGUUCCGCCGACCCUUGCCCUCACGUGCAGUAUAUUCGCUCGUUACUGGAAACCACCGAGAAAGAUAGACUCCGCGCGGAAGAGUCCAAACGCACCGGAUGGAUGAGAGCCUCUGAGUAUUUCGGCAAAGCUGUGACGCAGAUUGGUUCAUUUCUUAAGAUUGCCUUCUUCCUCUGGGUAGCGAUGACCAAGGCUGCACUGAAGCUGUGGCUUUAUGUUCUAAAUAGCGACAGCUAUCUGUGGCUGUGCUAUUUGAUAUUUGCACUCGCGAUAAUCUGCUCGUUACCUGGGGUGCGAUCAAUGUCAAUGUCAACCAUGAGACCUGAGGAGGGUGGUUCGUCAGUUGGAAAUUCACUAGCGUUUGACACGGGAUUAAUUGUCGGCGAGUAGCAGCGAGAACGUUAGCCAUU